AUGAAGAAGAUUUCUGUCAAAGUGGAGCAAUGCAGAGUUGCCUGCCGCCCUCUUAGGACAAUUGCUAGGCUACUGAAAGUUCCCAUCAUACCCAGUUACCUGUACAGCAUCGAGCAUGAGAAAAAUACUACAGAAAUCCAGACCACCAAGGCAGCACUCACAGCCUCCACCUCAGGAAGCUUCCAGGGCAUAUUCUCUUACUAUGACAACGCUACCAUUCCCAUCACUGGAAAUGUCACCAGAAAUGCCUCCAGGGGCUUCCCAGGGGAGCAGCCAUACAAGGCCACCACACAGCACAUAGUGACCAACACCUCCACUGUCCCUUCGGACUGUCCAAGCAAAGACAAAGACCUCCUGAAUGAAAACGUGCAAGUUGGGCUGCUGUUUGCCUCCAAAGCCACUGUCCAGCUCCUUACCAACCCAUUCAUCGGACUGCUGACCAACAGAAUUGGCUAUCCGAUUCCUAUGUUUGCUGGAUUCUGCAUCAUGUUUAUCUCGACAGUUAGUAAGUAUCUGCUGUUUGCCUUCUGCAUUCCAGUCUUGGAAGGAGCCGUGUCUCCUAUCUUUCAGGGAGCAAAACAUAAGAAUCAAAUGGGUGUUUUCUCCUGUGGGGAGAGGGUACCCGCUUACCAUGGCUGUCUUGUGGAUCUCUCUCUUCCUGUAGUGGGACCACCCUUUGGGAGCGUGCUCUAUGAGUUUGUGGGGAAGACAGCUCCCUUCCUGGUUCUAGCAGCCUUGGUGCUCUUGGAUGGAGCCAUUCAGCUCUUUGUGCUCCAGCCAUCACGGGUGCAGCCAGAGAGUCAGAAGGGGACACCCCUAACCAUCCUGCUGAAGGAUCCAUACAUCCUCAUUGCCGCAGGCUCCAUCUGCUUUGCAAACAUGGGGAUAGCCAUGCUGGAGCCCGCCCUGCCCAUCUGGAUGAUGGAGACCAUGUGUUCCCGAAAGUGGCAGCUGGGCAUUGCUUUCUUGCCAGCAAGUAUCUCUUAUGUCAUUGGAACUAAUAUUUUUGGGAUCCUUGCACACAAAAUGGGAAGGUGGCUUUGUGCUCUUCUGGGAAUGAUAAUUGUUGGAAUCAGCAUUUUAUGCAUUCCUUUUGCCAAAAACAUCUAUGGACUCAUUGCUCCCAACUUUGGAGUUGGUUUUGCAAUUGGGAUGGUGGAUUCCUCCAUGAUGCCUAUCAUGGGCUACCUGGUUGACCUGCGGCACGUGUCUGUUUAUGGGAGUGUGUAUGCCAUUGCGGAUGUGGCCUUCUGCAUGGGGUAUGCUAUCGGUCCCUCUGCUGGUGGUGCCAUUGCGAAGGCUAUCGGCUUCCCUUGGCUCAUGACAAUUAUCGGGAUAGUUGAUAUUGUUUUUGCCCCACUCUGCUUUUUUCUUCGAAGUCCACCUGCUAAGGAAGAGAAAAUGGCUAUCCUCAUGGACCACAACUGCCCCAUUAAAACAAAAAUGUACACUCAGAAUAAUGUCCAGUCAUAUCCCAUCGGUGACGAUGAAGAAUCUGAAAGUGACUGA